AUGCAAUUGAACGGGACUUUCGACGUGAAGUUAGGGAAGAGUUUUUUAGACCCAGAUGCUGCCACUUUCAUGACAAUGCGCUGUGACUUCAUGCCCGCUUCAGUCGAUCGGUCACAACCGGGUUCGAUCAGAGUAGAUGAAGGCAAGGAAGUUGUGGUUAACUUGCCUAAUGUGGCAUCCAUUGGUCCCGGAUCGACCUGCUUUCGUGGAAGCGCUAGGCCAGUUCAGAAAGAAUGCAUUUUAAUCUACAACAAACGG